AUGAGCAAAGAUUUGAAAAGAAGAAAGUUGCACAAUUAGAGUUUUUUAUCAUAAUUUGUAAUGCAUAUAUUUAUUGAUAAUUCAAAUUUGCAUGGUUCACAAAAGUUUAUAUUUCUGGAUACACAUAAAAUUUCAAUUUAAUACAAGUGCAAAAAAAAGGAGUCAUUGGCAGUGCAAAUCGAUAGGUUUAAGUAAUUGUGCAAGAAUAAUCUGAUAAAAGUGGUAGUUAUAUUGUCAAUAUCUAGCAAAGAAGAUAUGUUCAACAUAAAUAUUGAUAGUCACUACAAUCAAAAUAGUUGA